AUGUCUCUGCUGUGCUGUAACGGCGGGAUGGCAUCCGGCAUAGAACAAGUCGAUGAUAAUGAUGAGUUUGAGCGUCAGAAAUGGCGUCACAUCUACGAGAAGGCAUGGUGCCGAUUCUGGAAAGAACCUGUUGGGCAGGACCCCGACAAGAUCCUCGAAAACUGUACGGUUGGCGAGCUUUCCACCUACCUGCGCUGGCACUUGGACAACAGGACAAGAACUGCACCCAAUGAACCUGCCAAGGUAGGCUCGAUGAAGAGACGGAUUGACGCAUUGGCGAGAUUACACAUUGUCAAAUUCAGAAAGCACACCAAGGAGCCCACCACAGUCUCCCUGGAUGACUUCCUUGUCUUGUUGUAUAACCUGUGGUUGAGUGCCUUCGCCUACUUCACCUGUGGAAGUCUGCGCAUCCGGCUGCACCUCCUCCUUUUGCUGAUAGCAUAUAGCGGAACGAGGCCAGGCGCGGUUCUUAGUGGCCGCAGUCCAGAGUCACUGAAGCAGGGGAAGUACCUCCAAUGGGCCGACUGUAAGCUUGUCCUUCUGAAGGACGACCGACCGUUACGUUUACUGGAGGUAGCAUUUAGGCACCGCAAAGGGGAUGCGCAUGGGGUUACGUUCUUGUUUGAGGAGAAUCCCUUACUUGCACUUUGCCCCAUCACAAUUUUCAUCACGGUAGCGCUUGAAAGCAACGCCUUCCACCCUGGGAGUGGAAUUAGAACCCUUGAAGACAUCGAUAAAUUGAGAGUACCCUGCGGCGGCCUAGCACUUGACCACAUCAAACGCCUUCACGCAAAGCUUUUCCCCAAAUAG